AUGUUUGCAAUCGGAGUCAACCCUCCACAAGUCCAUUUCCCUCAUUUAGAAGAAGUAUUUUCUAACCUCCUUACGAUUUGUUCAUCAUCUACUCCUUCUCCAGCUUGUAAUCCAAUGAAGGAUGCUCUUCAAUCCCCCAAAAACCCCAGGAAAAACCCCGCCAAAGCAACCAUCAUUCAGAAAAAAUCCACUGCCAAAAGUGUAAAAUUCAAAAGCAGGGCUCAAAGUCAACUCAUUGGGACGAAAAUCCCAGAAACCCAAUAUCCUAAUAAUGAUGAAAAUGAUGAUAAAAGUUUGAUUCCCAGGAGCUCCUUGCCCACGUUCUUGCAGAAAAAUCCAAUCUUGGCCUCUGAUUUUUACCAAAUUGAUGCCCUUGAACUUGCCCCGCUUUUGCUAGGAAAGUAUCUCAGAAGGGAUGACGUUGUUCUCCAAAUCACUGAAGUGGAAGCUUAUAGACCAAAUGAUUCAGCUUGUCAUGGAAGAUUUGGCAUUACUUCAAGAACAGCACCAGUUUUUGGACCCGGCGGACAUGCAUACGUUUACCUUUGUUAUGGUCUGCAUACCAUGCUCAAUAUUGUUGCAGACAAAGAAGGGGCUGGAGCAGCGGUUCUAGUUCGUGCUUGUGCUCCCAUAAGUGGGAUGAAAAUCAUUCAGCAGCGGCGUGGUAUAUUGACUGAGAAGCCUGUUCUUCUUACAGGACCCGGGAAGGUUGGACAAGCCCUGGGAAUUUCUACAGAAUGGUCCAACCAUUGUCUAUUUACUCCUGGUGGUUUAGAACUUUUAGAUGGACCCCGGCCUGAGAACAUACUCGUUGGUCCAAGGGUUGGAAUAGAGUAUGCUUUGCCGGAGCAUGUCAAUGCAUUAUGGAGAUUUGCAGUUGCUGGUUCUCCUUGGAUAAGCGCUCCAAAGACCACAUUGGGACCUCCUUAG